AUGUCUCCCAUCCCGCCGCUUUACCCACCGCCAAGCGCCACAAAGCUACGACGCCGCAACCGCUUGCUGCCUCGAGGCUCCUCCCAUCCCUAUCUAUUUACCUUGAUGACGCUCACGGCCACGACGGAGCUCGGCCUCACCGCGUUCCUCAUCAGCGCUGGAAGUCAGACGUAUACCUGGGCUAGCCCGGGUUACUAUUCUUUAUUGAUCCUAGUGUGCUUCAUGGCUGCCUGGACAGUCCUCUUCUCCGGCGCAUACGUCCUGUGGGCGCUCGACGGCGGCGUUCAUCUCCUCGCCAACGUCGCCAGCUCAGUCAUCUGGCUGCUCAUCACCUCGGUUCUAUGGGGUGCUGGCGCCGGGCUGAUGCAUAGCUCUCGCGUGAGCAGCAAUUGCCCAGAAAGCGCCUCCAUAACGCGGUGCCGACAGACAGUCACGGUCGAAGCCCUCGGCUGGACAGAGUUUGGAUUGUGCUGCCUCACGCUGGGUGCGACGCUCUUCUGGCUGCGACAGAGUAUAAGGAAGUCGGGGUACGCGCGGGAUUCACGGACCUUCGUGUAG